AUGCCCUCCAAGAGAAAGGUUCACGAUGCCGAGACCAAUGCUACCUCGACGUCGGCCCCGAAGCGCCAGCGAGUUUCUCGAGCUGCCCGAGAGAAGUGUGACGGCGUUCAACCACAAUGCUUCUCCUGCGUAACGCUAUCGAGGCAAUGCACGUACAACGUCGCUCCGAAGAAGCGCGGCGUACAGACCGGUCUUAUUCGAACAUUGGAGCUCGCCCUUGUCUGGCUGUUCGAUCAGGUUCCUGGCACUGAAGAGAAGCUCUCAGAGUUGCUCGCCCGCGAAGGCGAUAGCGGGCAAGCUCUGCUAUUAGACAAAGACAACGAAGCCGGUAACCGUCUUCACAAGAGAUGGAGGAGAUGUCGAGUUCAUAAAGACAUCGACCGACUCCUAUCCGGCAAGGACGGUGUAAGCCCGCGCCAAGACACCUCGGGAGACGAAUCGGAUGCGGAUGCAGACGGCCGCAACAAACAGAAAGACGCCACUCCGCAAGAAGAAGUCCUCGAUAAUGUUGCAGCCUCUUAUCCACCCGAUGGUUUUGAUAUCGACCCAGAAGACUCCGGCGCCAGCGCGGCUCACGCCGAAUUAUGGUGCGCCCUUGCCGUUGGGGCCUUCCAGGAUGCGACAUCAUCCAAUACUUCAGGACGGGCUGAGCCAUCAGACCGUCCAAGCCUUAUAUUUGCAGCUGCACGAGGCUUGAUACCUGUGGAAACAGACAUGGGACUAGGUCAUGUCAAAGCUCUACUGGUAUUGUCUCUGGUAAAGUUGGGUCAAGACAAUGCAGGUGCUGCCUCAUUGCUUAUUGGUCUCGCCGUUCGCGGUGCUAUGGCACUCACGGACGGCAGGUCAAGGAAUAGGGGCCGCAACUCUAUAUCUGGUCAGGCGGCACCUUUGACACCAGAAACAAACUCAACGGCGCUGGAUCGAGUAAUGAUGGCAUGUCUCAUGCUUGACACCAUAGUAUCUCUGGGACUCGGCCAAACACCACACAUGAGGACGAGCGAUAUGAAAGACAAGCCAACGGAUGAAAACGGGCCGGAAGAAUGGGCUCCUUGGGUGCCACGGACUGGAUUCGGAUCCGAGGAGGUUGACGGCGCUGUGCACGCUGCCCAGUCGCUGAGUUCUUUCAACCAGCUUUAUCAGUUCUUCCGGACCCUGAAUCAGAGCGUUGAGUCAGGAACUGCAGCACCGCAGAUAGGUGCUGCGAACCUGGUGCAGGUGCUUGACCCCCGGUUCUCAUUUUGCAACUCUGUUGUUUUUGGAGCGUCAACGAUACCCAAACUGCCGUCCGCCUUUUUGAUACAGGCUACUUUCCUCGGUGCCACGCUGACACUGAUGCCCGACGCCCGGGUCUCGCUUAUUUGGAGUCUGAUGGAGGUUUUGGAAAAUUCCAUUGCCCAGUUUGGCGCAGCCGGCGUGUCGCCGCUUCUUGUCACUUACAUGAGCAUCGCUAAUACCAAGAGUUGCGUGAAAGCUCUGCGAGACGAUGACAAAGCCAGAUGGAAUACUCUGAUGGGAGAUUUGAUAUCUGUUUGGCAAGACCGGACGACCAACGCAGAUUCGUCCGUGUUAGACGCUGAGCCUGGCGGCAAAACACCUAUCCAGGCCGAACAGUCGGCUCCUCAUUUCUCACAGCCCGCCGCCCGACAAAAUCCACACUAUUCUCAAUUCCCAAUGAACACGGAUUCAUACCACCAGAACGGCAGCGGGUUUCUACCAACUGCUUCGUCAGCUAGUCCUUCGACGGCGCGAACGAUGCCAUUUACCCCAGGAAGUCAGCUGGAUGCAUUUCCCCCGGGAUUUAUGGGGCAUCUGCCUUCGGCUCAAACACCAUACCUGAUGGGACAAGGACCCCACGGCGUGGAUUACGACGCCAUUAUGGAUGAGUUGGCUUCUAUAGACUGCACAGAUAGCAUGGAGGCAGACCCGCAGUUCAUGGCCAAUCUCGGCUUCGCCCCAGGCUCAGACUUGACAGACAUGCUGCGGGGAGAAUUUGGGGGGAUGUGA